AUGCCUCAGAAGAGUCGGCAGCGGCGUCUAACAAAGCCUCGGAAGGAACGGCGACGGCGUCAAAUCCCAUCAGAGUCGAGGUCGACGCCCCAUGUUUUGCCCGGUUCUCCGACGCAAGAUUUCGACGCGGAAUCGCAACUGCUCGAACCCGCACCCCAGCUGCAAACGAUCAAGGCCGCGCUGGAAAUCCAGAUGCGCAAUCCCCGACUGGCCCAGCUCGACAUUUCGUGCUGGUGUAUCAAAGACGAUGGCGUGGACCAGAUCUUGCAUCUGUUCGAGGCCCUCCGACCGCGCAGGGUGAAAGUGCGCAUUAUCACCAAUUUCUUUGAUGGGAAGAGCCACGUGGACGCCAUCCGGCGCGUGAAGCAGUCCUCGGACCACGUCAGGAUCAAGCUUAUGGACUCCGAGGAGAGCGCCCUGUGCUUCCCCCCUUGGGGGUGGAUGUUCCAUGACGGCGCGGGCAGCUGCUACGAGUCGGUGCUGGGGUUUAACUCGGGGAUCGAGGAAUGCGGGCUCCUGACAACCACUGGGGACAAGGAGGACGGCGCCGCCCGGCACGUGAUGGAAUUCAACCGGUUCUGGGACCAGCAGGACGAGUCUCUGGAGACAAAGCUACACGAAUACACCGAGGCCACCCACGCGCGGUGGGUGCUCAUGGAAGAGGAUGAUCGCGCCAUAUUCGGCAACGGUGUUGAACGGCCAGUCACGUUUUUCUUAUCGUAGGAGCGAAGACAAUGUGCAUUUUGUAUCAAUAAUGCGGAUCUGUGUGGAAGGUUGUUAUUCGGAAUUGCU